GGCCAAAACAAUAUGCGCAGUGAAUAAAGUGAUGUUAUCGUCGUUAUCGUCGUCGUUAUCAGUCGCAAGCUCGUGCCUCGUUUAUUAAAAAGGAUUCAUCGCCGUAUCACUAUAAUUAAGAAAUGGAUAAUGGCAAGAAACCAAUCAAUCGUGAACAUUUUGAAUUCUUUUACGUGGGCAAAUUGCUUCUGAUUACGGGCGACGAGUAAUCGAUAAGCUGGUACGAGAUUGGGCCUGUCACGUCCAAGCAAAAUGUCCUCGACGAUGGCGCAUGAGACGACGACGAUAUCGGAAUUGGCGGAAUUGGACAGCGACGGAUCGAGUUGCGGAGAACGCGACGCGAGGAAACGUCUUCGUUUCGACGCGGAUUCAACAGGGCCGAAGAAGAGACGGAAACAAACGACGCCUGUGAGAUUCUCCUCGACGUUAAUGCCCGGUGUGCACGAAGAAUCGAACGAGGACGAGGAAGAGGACGAGGACAGCGAAGGUAAGCUGUCGUCGCAAUCACCCAUACCGAGUCAAUCAUCGAUAAGAGACGAGAACCUGAAUAACGAAUUCCGUUGCAAAUAUUGUAGUCAGUUUUUCGAUAACAAGGAAACGUUGAACGUUCACCUCGACAAUGAGCACGGUUCCGCGAAUCAGAUUUCGGAACAAAGUCAAAGUAGAUCUCCGAAUUCCGUGAUCAAACAAGAACCGUCUCAGCAACUGGACCAAUCCGAGAAUCCCGUUAAUUUGCUUAGCGUAAAGAACUUCGCGAUAAACUGGCUAGCCACCGGGCAACACGUGCAAUCGCAAGCACAAAUGCAGACGCAGAACGAAGAAUCCUGGCCCGGGCCAACGAGUCAAAUUCCACCUUUACCUAACCACUUGCAAAUCCUUUCUGGUUUUCCUGGCGCCUUGGCGCAGUAUUUACCUAUGCCCGCGUUCCCAUUGACGGACUCCGGUUCUAUCGUCAGGCCCUCGUUGGGACCAACGCCGGUCAGGAUCUUUAAUCCGGACGCGUACUGUGAUCUGUGCAAUAAAGAGUUCUGCAACAAGUAUUUCCUCAAGACACACAAAGCGAACAAGCACGGUAUCUACGUCGAUUCACCGGGACCCAGCACCGUCGACAAUAGCAUUCCAGGACCAUUGUUCCCUACCAACUAUCCUAGUAACAUGGUUAAGCUAGAACUGCCCGUGACACCACCUACGCCGACCGUCGCGUGUGAUCUCUGCCAGAAACGUUUCAAAAACGAGGAAUCGAUGCGUAAACACAAACAAAAGAUGCACGCUGAAUUAUUGGAUCAGUCGCAAGAGUCUCAGAUCAAUUUGUCGCAAAACGAAGAGGACAGGGAUACGUCGAGGGAUAGUCUCGGCGGUAUGGAAACGCUGUUUAAGCAAGAAUACGGGAUAGAACAAGAGGAUGCAACGUUCGUACCAGCACCCAGACAUUUAUCGCCUCAAUCGAUUCAACAGGCACGAGAGUCUGGUUUCAGCGCCGAUCGACUUCGCCGUUUAGGGGUUAUAAAUCCAGAAGCGUUUUGCGAGAUAUGUUGUAAAGAGUACUGUAAUAAGUACUUCCUACGGACUCAUAAAAUGAAGAGGCACGGUAUCAUCGUUCAGGACAACGAAAGAUCGCCUAGCAAUCCAGGCACAGCGGCCAGUUGGCAUCAAGUGCAGACCAGUCCGUUAAAUCUGAUCGUGACGGAGAACCCUGGUAGCACGGAAUCGAACGAUCGAGUCGUCGACGAUUACGAGUGCAAGUUAUGUGGUAUACGUUUCCAGACGAUUGGCCUGUAUCAAGCUCACUGUCGGAAGAUGCACGAGAGCGAGGAACAACAAUCGCCUAGGCAAGAGUGCGAGCUAGAUAUAUCCGAUCAACGGAACGAUUCGAUCUCGGAGGAUCUUCAAAAAUUGCAGACGAUGCUGUUGCAACUGAACGGACUCAAGCCUACCAAGGGAUUAUCGUGCAACGUGUGCGGAAAAGAAUGCGAGACCAGAGCAGCGUUGCAUAUUCAUAUGAUAACGGAACACGGCGCCAUCCAAGAAGAUUCAACAUCCUCGCCGCAAGAAAAGUCACCCUUAACUACAACCUCAGCGUUCUGCGCCCUAUGUGGAAAAGAUUACGCGAGUCAAGACGCUCUCAGGAAACAUAUCGCCGACGAACAUCAACCAGCGGUUUCGAAUACCAUUCCUCACACUCCUACAACCACAGCGACGACGACCAAUUCGAAUUCGACCAGCCAAACUCCGACCGAAAGAAAGGUAACGUCGAUGACGCCAACGUCGAGCUAUUGCGAGAUAUGCAACAAGGAAUUAUGCAAUAAGUACUUCAUGAAGACGCAUAUGCAAAGAAUGCACGGUAUUGAAAUUGAAAAUGGAGCCCAGAUCGGUGGCGUGAUAUGCAACAUUUGCAACAAGGAGCUGUGCAGCAAAUACUUUUUACGCGUUCACAAGCACAACACUCACGGCAUAGUCGACGAAAAUACUCCCAGUUCGGUAAAACAAGAGACCCACGAGGCAUCAAACGUGGACGAUGCUGCUUUGAAGCCGGAGCAACUCGGUGAUCUGAGUCACAGAUAUUUCACCCACUUUACAGAGGUUUGUCCAAUCUGUAGCAGAAGGUUCCGUAGUAUAAAGUGGUUAAAGGCUCAUCUGAUGGGUGAUCAUGGGAAAACAGGCAUCGAUAAAUGGCGCGAGAUGGAGCAACAAUACCAAACAACGCCGAAAUCAGGGAAUAGAACGGCGAAUGUAAUAUCGAAGAACCCUCAACAGAGCUCGAAUUUGAAGAUACCGAAUGGAUUUGAAAUCUCACAGCAAAUCAAGUCUGCCGACUACACUGGUUUGGGUAAUCAAGUUCUGUCAAAUUUACUGGGGUCAUCUUCCGAAGAUCAACAGCUGAAAAGCUAUCGCUGUUCCUAUUGCAAUUUCACGACCACCGUGUUACCGUUUCUCUUCCUUCACGAGAGGUCUCACGUGAAUUCCCGUGACAACGAAGGAGAGAAAUCGCUUCAAUGUCCGAUUUGCUCCCAAGGUUUCCAUCAGCCGGAAAUGUUGCAUCAGCAUCUCCUCACGACGCACCAAUUCCCCACGUUGCUGCCUCAUUUUCAACCCCCUGUGCUUAAUAAUUUAGGUCUGGACGCGGAGAAAUUGAACGAGGCCAAAGAAAAACUCGAUCUGGAAGCGAAGGAGGACCAUACGAGGAACAGUCCACAAGCUACCACCAAUCAAAACAUUCCCGAACCGAUGAGAAACAAACAACAGGACGAAACAGCGGUCCAAGUUACUCCUCAUGGUAUAUAUAAGUGCGCACAGUGCGGUUACGCGACGACCAAUUUAAAUAGAAUUAAGAAGCACGUGAGAAAAGAUCACAAAACGAUCAGCGAUCCUACCGAUAGCGUGCUCGCCGAGCUUAGCAGAACUUUGAAAGACGUUGCCAACAAACAUAAGGUACCAGCUUGCUACGCAACGCCACAGGAUAUGAACUCCAAUCCUGAUAAAACGAUCAUGCAGCCAUUUUUAAUCGAAGAACAGGACACGAUGCAAGCUGGAGAGGAAUCCAGCUCGGAGAAACGGUUCGCACCGGCUUUGGUCUAUCUGCCGGUUAAAUCGCGAAUCAACAACGCGCUCACUGCAUCCUUCACCCUCAGUCCUGCUUGAAACUCUUCCU